AUGUUACUCUCGUUGUGCUACAUGGACGAGAAGCAGAAGUUAGUAUACGCAGAAGAUCUGAAACGAUUCGUCUUCUGCGGUAUUACCGUAUCAACUGUGGCCGCAUUCACUGCUAUAAUUGCUGUUCCUUUGCUAUGUCUUUACCUACAAAAUGUUCAUUCUAAUGUACAAGAAGAGAUUCUCUAUUGUCACACGAGAUCCAGUGGAUUAAGAGGAGAAUACGUUAAGAUUGAGAAUAACCAGAUAAGAAGAGCUAAACGUCAAGAACCUAGUCUCUGCUGCUCAUGUGGAAUCGGUUCGGCAGGGCCUCCCGGACCUCCGGGCGAAGACGGUGAACCAGGUGCAGAUGGUCAUCCGGGAAAACAUGGCGCUCCUGGAGCGGACGCUCCUAGCGGCGUAACUGUACCUAAGGCUAGUGACUUCUGUUUCGAAUGCGAGCCAUCGCCACCGGGCCCACCAGGUGCACCUGGACCAAUGGGUCCUAUGGGUCCGCCAGGAUCAGUAGGAGAGGCUGGACCAAUAGGCUCUCAAGGACCACCUGGAAGCGUUGGACCACCAGGACGUCCGGGAAAAGACGGAGAAUCAGGCGAGCGAGGACCUGCUGGAAUGAGAGGACUUUCGCGGACAAUGCCAUCACCACCUGGAACUCCAGGUGAACAAGGACCUAUGGGACCUCCAGGUCCACCUGGGCCAGCCGGGAAUCCCGGUCGCGACGGAAGUCCGGGUAUGCCUGGCCCUCAAGGAGAUGACGGACCCGAUGCUCCUCCUGGCAAGGAUGGUGAGAACGGUGCACCCGGAGCACCAGGACAGGAUGGACGUAGGGGAUCGUGUGAUCAUUGUCCUCCACCUCGUACUCCUCCCGGUUAUUAG